AAUGGUCAUAGAAAUGGAAGUGGAAGUUGCUAUAAAAGCCAAACCCAUAAAAAUCAGUUGUUGCAGUCUCUCCAGCAAUCCCUUCAAGCAUUAGUCGUACCCAGUAGCACCGUAGAUCUGUCAUGCCAAAGAUGUUGCUUAUCAAGACCCUGGAGUAUCUGUUCUACUUGGCUCUCUUCGCCUUUAUGUGCAAAUAUGGACAGGCGGCCAGCGUGCAAGCCACAGAAGCAACAGCCAUUGACACGGAACCUCUGAGGAAGCCACAAAAACUGGAGACGCCACUCAACGAGUGCGAGGCAUCCACUUUCAGCUGGAUGUGCCUGAAGAUAGAGCUGGUCAAGAUCAUGGAGCGGCUGGCCGAGCAGCAGGAGCUCAGCGUGCUGCCCGGCGUCAGUGUGGUCAAGGAUGAGAGUGCCACAGAAAUGAAAACCUCCGAGCUAAUGGCGGAGGUGGCUCGCAGCUAUCCAAGUGAUCCCAACACUCGUCUGAAUGGUUACAUUGUGGCCAAAAUGGAGAAUCUCCUCAAGACGCGCUUCCUGCGCUUCCGCUUGCUGGACGACAAGGCUCUGGUCGAGGGACGCAAGCACAAGUUCGGCAAGAAGGGCGGCCUGGAGGCUCUGGUAGCUGCAGGUGUCAUGAUGAAGGGCAUGCUCAUGGCCAUGGGCUUGGGCGCCAUAGCCCUAAUGGCGGGCAAGGCUCUGAUGGCUGCUCUCAUGGCCCUGACGCUGUCCGGCGUGCUGGGCCUGAAGAGCUUGGCCGGCGGUGGCAAGUCCACCACCUACGAGAUAGUCGCUAAGCCCAUUUACACCUCAAGCCACUCCCACUCGGUUACCCACGAGGAUGGCCACGGACACACGCCCCACUUUGCAGCUGGCGGCGGCGGCGGCGGCGGUGGCACCGCAAGUGGUUAUGGCUACGGUGGCUAUGCCAGAUCCAUGAAUUUGCUGUCCAGUCAGGCGCAAAAGUUGUAG